AUCAUUUCCUGUUCACUUCCCCUCCCUCCCUCUCUCCAACCCACUGAUUGCUAUUGGCAAAUUUAGGAAUUUGAUUAUGAGCCAAGAAUGAGAACUAACAGCAGAGGCUUUUCACAUCCCUCUAUGAAUGAGCACGGCUCGGGCUACAUCCAUCCGCAGCCUAAAACCUGAGUGGAGAUCGAAGAAAACUAAAUUGGAUCACCCAGUUUUUUUCCCAGGAUCAUCAGGUCAGUGCAUGACCCUUAGGAUGGAUUCUUCCAAAUCUGACUAUGAUGAAUACUUUGGCAAAGUCCACGGAAUUCUAAUGUAUAAAGACUUUGUAGAAUAUUGGGAUGAUGUGGAUACAUUCCAGGCAAGACCAGAUGACAUUGUCAUUGCCACAUAUCCCAAAUCUGGUACAACCUGGGUUAGUGAAAUUGUGUACAUGAUCUACAAAGAGGGCGAUGUGGAAAAAUGCAAAGCAGAUGCCAUUUUUAAUCGAAUACCUUAUUUGGAAUGCAGAAAAGAAGAUGUAAUGAAUGGAGUAAAACAAUUAAAACAGAUGGCAUCUCCUAGAAUAGUGAAGACUCAUCUGCCAGCUGACCUUCUUCCAGCCUCAUUUUGGGAAAAGAACUGUAAGAUGAUCUAUCUUUGCCGGAAUGCCAAAGAUGUGGCUGUUUCUUAUUAUUAUUUCUUUCGAAUGGUAUCUGCUCAUCCAGAUCCUGGAUCUUUCCAAGAGUUUGUGGAAAAAUUCAUGGAAGGACAAGUGCCAUAUGGCUCCUGGUAUAAACAUGCAAAUUCUUGGUGGGAAAAGAGAAAUAAUCCACAAGUGCUAUUUCUUUUCUAUGAAGACAUGAAGGAGGAUAUCCGAAAGGAGGUGAUAAAAGUGAUACAAUUUCUGGGAAGACAGCCAUCAGAGGAGCUUGUGGACAAGAUUGUACAACACACUUCAUUCCAGGAGAUGAAGAACAAUCCGUCUACCAAUUAUACAACACUACCAGAUGAAGUCAUGAACCAAAAAAUUUCUCCCUUCAUGAGAAAGGGGAUUGCAGGAGACUGGAAGAAUCACUUUACGGUAGCUCUGAACGAGAAAUUUGAUAUACAUUAUGAGCAGCAAAUGAAGGGGUCUACACUGAAGUUAAGAACUGAGAUCUAAGGAGGGUUUCUUAAUAUAUCUGAGAUUAAAGCUUUCUUUUCAUCAUUCUUCACUUUUUUCAAAGUUUAGCUUGGUAGAGGGGUGCCUGGAUGGCUUAGUUGGUUAAGUGUCUGACUCUUGAUUUUGGCUCAAGUUGUCAUCUCAGGGUUGUCAGAUCAAGCCCAACAUCGAGGUCUGUGAAGAGUGUGGGACUUGCUUACGAGUCUCUCUCCUUCCUCUGCACCUCCCCAACUCGUGCUGGCUCUCUCUCUUAAAAAAAAAAAAAAAUUAGAUUGGUAAAGAUGUCAUAUGAAAGGGGCGCCUGGAUGGCUCAGUGGGUUAAAGCCUCUGUCUUCGGCUCAGGUCAUGAUCCCAGGGCCCCGGCUCUCUGCUCAGUGGGGAGUCUGCUUCCUUCUCUCUCUCUGCUUGCCUCUCUGCUUCCUGUGAUCUCUGUCAGAUAAAAUAAAUAAAAUCUUAAAAAAAAAAAAGAAGUCAUAUGAUGGAUCAUGAUCAGAUUCACAUGAUUAUUGAGAUAUUCAUAUAAAAAGAUUUUUUCCCCAUUAGAAUCUUUUUUCUUUCUUCUUCUUUUUUACAAAUAUUACACAAAUCUAUAAUCUAUAAGUUAUUAUAAAUCUAUGAUCUAUGUGUAUGAUGUAGGAACACACAUACAGUUUGAAUUGUCAGAGUCUCAUUUAAAACAACAAGGCACAAACCAUAAGUGACUCUUAAUCUCACAAAACAAACUGAGGGUUGCUGGGGGGAGGGGGUUUGGGAGAAGGGGGUGGGAUUAUGGACAUUGGGGAGGGUAUGUGCUUUGGUGAGUGCUGUGAAGUGUGUAAACCUGGCGAUUCACAGACCUGUACCCUUGGGGAUAAAAAUAUAUGUUUAUAAAAAAUAAAAAAUUAAAAUAAAUAAAUAAAUAAAACAACAAAGCACGGGCACCUAGGUGGCUCAGUUGGUUAAAGCCUCUGCCUUGGGCUCGGGUCAUGAUCUCAGGGUCCUGGGAUCGAGUCCUACAUCGGGCUCUCUGCUCGGCAGGGAGCCUGCUUCUUCCCUCUCUCUCUGCCUGCCUCUCUGCCUACUUGUGAUCCCUCUCUAUCAAAUAAGUAAAUAAAAUAUUAAAAAAAAAAUUUAAAACAACAAAGCAUUCGAAAUUAUUUUUGUGAUUACUUUUUUCCAUUUAGUAGUACAUUUAGUAUAUGAAUAUAUUUAUAUACACAUAUAUGCAUAAAUAUGUAUAUUAAUAAUUCUGCAUGGACUUUGAAGACCUUGGGAGAAAAACUAAAGAAUAAAUACAUUUGGAAGCAUAAUUAUACCUAUUAUUUCCUUCUUGAUUUUCUUUCACUUUCUGCAAAAUCACUUAGGAAUCUACCUUAAUCUAAUACAAAUUUUGGGCAGAACAGUCCUGAUUUCCACUUGUAUAAAUAAUUCUAAUGAAUUAUUAGCUUGAAUGUCUUCAGCUAAUCCGAAACAUUUAUGUUGUAGAGGUCCUUCUGUCCAAUAUACAAUGUAUUGAAUGAGAGCUCUUUAAACUAAAGUAUUGAAAAAUGUGAUAUUUGCCAGUAAAACAAAACAAAAACAAAAGUAAGAGAAGAAUAAUUAUUAUUUUCUAUUUAAGCAAUGUUGUUUUGGCUUAUGUCUCCUAUUUUUCUAUAUCUGAUUGGUGAUUUUCUUUCUAUACUAUGCUUAUCAUAACAUUCAAUGCUUCCUUUCUCUAAAUCACAAACGUAGUGAUCCGAAGGGGCACAUGCACCCAAAUGUUUAUAGCAGCAAUGUCUACAAUAGCCAAACUAUGGAAAGAACCUAGAUGUCCAUCAACAGAUGAAUGGAUAAAGAAGAUGUGGUAUAUAUACACAAUGGAAUACUAUGCAGCCAUCAAAAGAAAUGAAAUCAUGCCAUUUGCGACAACAUGGAUGGAACUAGAGUGUAUCAUGCUUAAUGAAAUAAGUCAAUUGGAGAAAGACAACUAUCAUAUGAUCUCCCUGAUAUGAGGAAGUGGAGAUGCAACAUGGGGGUUAAGUGGGUAGGAGAAGAAUCAAUGAAACAAGAUGGGAUUGGGAGGGAGACAAACCAUAAGUGACUGUUAAUCUCACAAAACAAACUGAGGGUUGCUGGAAGGAAGCGGGGUUGGGAGAAGGGGGGUGGGGUUAUGGACAUUGGGGAGGGUAUGUACUGUGAAGUGUGUAAACCUGGCCAUUCACAGACCUGUACCCCUGGGGAUAAAAAAUAUAUGUUUAUUAUUAAAAAUAUAUAAAAAAAAGACACACAAGGUCAUGAAAAAUUCCCUAUGUGCCUUUUGUAGAAUAUUGUAUCUUUAAUUAGCAAGCUAAAAAGCCAAAUCUAGGGAUAAAUUGAUAUGAUUUGUAUUCUUACACCUUGGAGAAAAGUCUUGGGAUUUCUCAGCACUCUGUUCAGUAAUUAUGAUUUUUCAGAUUAGAGUUAUUUUUUAAAAAUGUGUAACAUAGUAAUACAUUAUGCAAAAAUUGGAAAGUCUCAAAAACAGUUAAGAUUUGUUUGGGGUGGGAUGAGAAGUAGAAUUUCAAAUUUUUAAUUUUAAAACCCAUUUUCUGAUGAUUUUUUUCAUUUAACAUUAUAGUUUAUAGUAACAGAAGCUUUUUAAUUUUGUAGUUUGUAGAACUGACAGUGGCUGUUGCCUAAUGUAUAACUAAACAAGAAUAAACCCAUGUAUCUCUCUGA